AUGGCAGGCAGUAAAAGAUCCUGCAGUGGCCUAAAGAUCUGUUUUCUUGCUACCUUUGUUCUCUUAAUCACAAUAUCUGUGGUUCUAGUUAUCUUGUAUUUUGCUGUUUUCAAGCCUAAGGAACCAAAAGUUACUCCUCAACCUCUUAUCCUGGAAAAUAUUCGUGGGGUAUUCUUUCCAGCUCCAUUGUUAAAUAUCACAUUAGGCAUGGAAAUCACGGUCGAAAAUCAAAAUUAUGGAAACUUCAAGUACCAGGAGAGCGCAGCUUAUGUUAGUUAUAGAGGGAAUGUCGUCGCCGAAGCUCCGAUUGAAGCCGACACCAUUCCAGCUCGAGGAAAACAUAAUAUAUCUACGACUGUGACUAUUUUUGGGGAUAAGUUGUUAUCGGAUGAUAACUUCAGGAGAGAGUUUCUUCUAGGGUCGAUCUUGAAUUUUGAAUGA